AAGCUGUCAAAUGCUUGUUGCUCGAAGGAAAGUCGGCGCUAGUGUUUAAAAAAAAAAAGAAAAAAAAAGUAUCGCGUUAACCGUAAAGGACGUGCUCUCGCUUCAAAUUCUGUUCGGACGAUAAGAUGUUUAAUAGUGCGUCGAGUUUUUAAUUUGAUGUUUAAAAUAAACUCGUUAGUAUAUAUAAAUCUCUCUAUAUAUUCGCUCCCAGUUUGGCUGUACUGGGUGGGUUGCCGUGUCGGCUCGUGACUGUCGGUGAGGCUAGCGGCGAGAUUUCGUGGCAAUGAGACCGUUAUCAAGAAGUGCCUUUCAGAUGACUCCCCGUGUCACUGAUCUCUGGUCUCUGCCUGCCUGUACCACCCACACUCCUCUCUCUCCACCUCAGUCAGAGUACUAAUCCUCCCACCUCAAACCGUUCCUUUCUCCACCUGACUGCAGCAUUCAGUCCCACCCACAGCCACAGGAAAUCAUAAAGAGGGGAGGAAAUUAUAAACUGAGCCUGCUGUCAAAGUAGUCAGAGGAUCAUGCUAUGCAGGAACAUUACAUUUCUUGAAUAAAAACAGACGUGUGAUUCACAAUCCACCAACCUAUUACAGUGCCCUUUUGCAGCAAAUAAUUAACUCAGACAUCUUGAACGUAGUGCACAAGUGCCCAUAUAUCUCGUUUAGUGAGUUUCACUGUGGCUGUCAGCAAAAUGUCUGUGGCAUUGCCAGCUGUGCGUGACACUAAGUGGCUGACUCUGGAGGUGUGUCGUCAGUUCCAGAGAGGCACGUGCUCUCGCAGUGAUGAAGAAUGCAAAUUCGCUCACCCACCCAAGAGCUGUCAGGUGGACAAUGGUCGAGUCAUUGCCUGUUUCGACUCCCUCAAGGGUCGGUGUUCAAGGGAUAACUGUAAAUACCUACACCCUCCAUCUCACCUGAAGAGUCAGCUGGAGAUCAAUGGAAGGAACAACCUGAUCCAGCAGAAGACGGCUGCAGCCAUGCUGGCCCAGCAGAUGCAGUUCAUGCUGCCAGGAUCCAGCCUGCCUGCUGUGUCUUCCUUUCCUGUUGGUCAGAGUCUGGGGCCAGGACCUGGGAUCAGCUACUCCCCCUACCUCUCUCCUGUCACUCAUGGGAUGGGGCUGGUUGCCACGGAGAUGCUCCCGAGCAACUCUGUGAUUGUCCCUGGCAGCCCUGCGUUAGCAGUGCAGAGCUCAAACUCCUCUUCCUCAUCCCAGAAAACACUGCGCUCUGACAAACUGGAGGUGUGUAGAGAGUUUCAGCGGGGGAACUGCUCCCGAGGAGAGACAGACUGUCGGUUUGCCCACCCUAGCGACAGCCCCAUGAUUGACAGCACUGAUAACACAGUGACAGUCUGCAUGGACUAUGUGAAGAGCCGCUGCUCCAGAGAGAAGUGCAAAUACUUUCACCCUCCUGCUCAUUUGCAGGCACGCCUCAAAAGCUCUCAGAGCACCCAGAGCACUGCUGCAACCGCUGCUAUGACUCAGUCAAGUGCCAAAGUGCUGAAGCGACCCCUCGAGGCAACUGUUGACAUGGCUUUUCAUCACAGCAUGUUGCAACCACUGGCUAAGCGAGUGGCUCUAGAGAAGAGUGCAGGGCAUGGUGGUCUAUUAAACCCUAGUGUUCUUCACUACCAGCAAGCUCUCGCCAACACACCUCUGCAGCCUUCUACUGCACUGUUCCCUACAGGCUCAGUCUUGUGCAUGUCUCCAGGACCUGGCAUCGUUCCCAUGAUGCUCAGUGCCCCGCCUGCUACCGCCUCCGCUCCUGCUGCAAGCCCCUACGCUGCUGCCGCCGCGGCAACCGCCAAUCAGAUCAUUUUGAAAUAGAGCGCAGGAGAGGGACAGAGUGCCAGCGCAACACACACACACUUCUUAAACAGCGAGUGUGUGGAUAUAACAUCCUCAACUCCACAGAAUUACUGCUACAUGCAUGCUAAUACACACACACACACAGAAAACAUUUUCCCUACAGUUAUGCUCAAUAAAUACAUUGUACAGACAUAUAUACAAUAUAUACGCAACAAGAAACUAAUCAACAAUAUAUGUUUCUAAACUAGUUUCACUGAAACAAAACAUACUCUUUUUGCUUGUUUAAGUACAUUAUAUAAUUAUACAGCUAUACACAGUAUCAUCACCAGUGUUGAGUAGGAAGUCAUUCAACACUUGUUUUUACUGUGUGACUCUAUUUGCACUUUUUUUUUCAAGAAAAAGGGCAACAUCUUGAGAAAGACUAUUAGAAGCCUAGUUUGAGGAUUUACACAAUUAUCUCCAAGCUGAGUCCAGAGAUACUGAUUUAUGAGAGUAUAUCUGCCUGCACCGGCAUCAGAAAGGACUGUAUAACCCAGUGCCGAAGCACGUCAAAGCCAUGCAGGAGGAUGGCAGGCAGCACGUCAGAACCCUGUAGAAGAAUGUCAAACGGCAUGUGAAAGCUAUGCAGGAGAAGGACAGAGUGAGUUCACCUCUCAGCUCCACACUUAAUGCUUUGCCUGAGCACUGCUGCAAAACAGCAGCCUGGAUAAAGAGAACUCUGUUAGCCAAAUUAUUGAUAGAGAAAAAAACAAACAAAAAGAUUUUCACCUUUAACAGUGGCCAAACAGAAUAGUGACACACUAACCCUUUAAAACUUGAUGUGAAUCUGAACUUUAUUACUUUACUACAGCUGUUCUUUUAUAAUUUCUUUAGCUGAAAAUUUAGCAUUAAAGUUUCGCCACAGUACAGGUUAUUCUCUUAUUCUCUUGAUACUGUGUCGUCGGAAGCGAGUGAAAAAGAGAGAAACAAAGAGAUGAUUGCGUGCACCUGUGUGAUUUUAUGUGUGUGUGUGUUUGUGCAUAGUAACAGAGCAUAGCAUAAGUUACUACAUCUGGGCUCUACAGCUAGGCUCAGCGUCUAGACGUCCCAGCAGUAUGAUCUGUGUGUUUAGUCGAGCCAAACUGGCCUGCGUUCACCCUGUUUUUGGUUUCUGUAUUUAUUCUGUUAUGAUUCUGUAUAAGUGCCUAACAAUGUUCUUUACAAACAUAAUGUGGAUAUAGAUCUGAACUGUUCAUGUUUCAUUUUGUUGCUGCAAUCUGUCAUUCUCUCUCAAAAAAGGUAAAAAAAAAAAAAAAAAAAACUGUUUAAAAGGUUGACCAUGGAAGUCAUGUACACUGUUGAUUUUUUUUUUUUAAUCAUUGUUGAAAAGAAUAACAGAUUUCUUAGUACUAACAAAAAAUGAUGUCCUAUAUAAGAGGAGUCUGUGACUGCUGUGUGGGAAAGCCCUUUCUCUACUCUGCGUAUAGAAUUUUCAAGCCCUUUUAUUACAAGCUGAAUCUGAGGUGGGAAAGCUGCAGAUUACUGAAUCUCAGACUUAUAGCACCUGUAGAGAAACGGUCCUCCCAAAGUAGCACUUCUUCAUUUAAUCAGUAUCUUUGGGUCAAAAUCAUAAUUAAAAUAGAUGUUUUAUUGGUCUUGAAUCCCAUAGGCCUGUGUAAGAUUCUACUUACAUUUAUUUCAUUUCCUAGAGCAGUGACUGACAACAGUCUGACAUGUAACUGACCUAAUACUUAAUAGCUCUAUUAUUCUAAUCCACUUUUAUUUAGCAGACAGUCAGUCAUAUAAUUUUAUAUAAUUUGUAUGUGUGUUUAUGUGUUUUUAUGAGCGUUUUAAUUCAGGGCGGAGAUAAAAUGCCAUGUGAGAACCUAGACAAUCUUUAGUUUAGAUACGCAAAGGCACUGCUCAGACUUGUAGUCAUUUAACUUCUCAGCAUUGCCUGAGGAUAAUUUAUGUUGUGAUCUAUAAGAUAUAUGAGAACUAUUCUGUAAUGUUAUGGUAUUGAUUGUGGUUAAUGGACCAUUGCUCUGUUUUGUUUUGAGAUGAAUGUAAUUUAUUUGAUGUAGGGCCUUGUUGUUCAGAUGCUGUUUUAAAAGGCCAGCUUGGUGCCACCUUCCUCUCCUGCAUCACCUGACUUGUGUAGGAAGAGAAAUGCAGGGUGCUUGACUUUGGAAAGUUACAGUGUCCUCACUAAAAAGCAUUAAGCUUUACGUCGUAUUACACAGUUGUUUGUGAAUCUAAUGCUUUGAAAUAAUAGUCGUCGUUUGAGGUGUGUAACUACGGCAGAAGUCGGCUUCUGUGAAAGAGAAGCCUAGCAGUGAUUAAUGCAGGUAGCCAGCUGAGAGAAGCACUCAACGCUGCAUGACGCAUCAGUGCAGGUCAGGCUGCAGAAGUGUUCAUGUAAUGUCAAAUUAAAGUUAACACAGCAUUUCAUUUUAUAGUUCAGUUUUGCGUGCUAAUAUUUUAGAACAGUACUAAUUUGUUAAUGUGACAGUUCAAAAUUGCUAUGAAUGAAACUGUUUUUGUAAGUGAUGUUGCUGUUAUGUUUUUUCUUUUCUUUUCUUUUUUUUUUUCAAGAUGGUAGGUUCAAGUAUAUCUUCCCACUGCUGGAAGAAUACUUAGUUUCAAUGCCUUAUUGUCAUGGACCAUACUAUUUAAUUGAAAAAAAAAAAAAUACUAGUCUUAAAAUUUUUUCACUUAUUCUAAUAAAUGUUUAUACAGGUUUAUUUCCAUUGUCCAGGUGUAAAUGCACAUUCAUUGGAAUUUUAUUUUAUUUUUUUUUCAUUUUUUUUUUUUUUUAAAAACAACAUACUAGUGCUAAAAAAGCAGUGUGUCAUCACUCUGGAGCAUGGGCACAAUCCUGCUGUAACACUAUGACUAUAACAGAUCAAACAUCACUGACAUUACAAUAGAAUUGUGGUUUUGUUUCAGAGAUAAUCAUAGAAAUAGGAAUGUUUACUGCUUUGUCCCUAUGGCUGAUCUAGAGUUAGAGAGCCUCAUGUUCUCUCUCCCAUUACAGAAAUUUUACUAAACACGUGAAUGUGUCUAUCAUCAGUGUGUAUCAGUGUGUCUCCUGCUUUCUUCGUGUCAGUCUGGUGGAUAAGAAUUUCAGAAUGUAAUUUAUCUCUUGACUGUUGUAGCACAUUCUGGACAGGUUUAUGACUCGAGGGCUACAGUGCACUCACUACCUUAGUCUGUUCACGUGUGAUCUUUGCCUUAUCUUCUAUGUGUUGCUCUGACCAUUUUAUGUCUCUUAAUGUUGUUUGAAAGCUUUUGUAAAACAGAAGACCGCAUUGGCUCUCCUACACCUAAAUGUAAAAUAACUAAAUAUUCAACAAUCUGAUGCUAAAGAAGGGUCUGUAUAGUAAAACCUUUUUCUCCACACCUUGAGGGAACAUGUAGGUUUAGUGCCCAAAGAUUGCUAAUGCACGCAGGAUAAAUACCUGGAUAUGUUGCUUCCUGAUGUGGAGAACAGGCUUUCAAAUAACAGAUGUACUAAGCUGUACUAUGUUUUCUGAGCACUACCUUGUUCCUAGGCUCUAUUCAAUACCAGAUACGAGGAAGGAUUCACACUGUCAAUUUCCAUGCAGAUUAAUUAUGCCACACAUUAUAAGAAUUUAAAGAGCUUUUUAUAUGUUUCUUUGUGUAAUAUUAAGUAGUUUAUUGCUUCUUUUGGUUCUGUAAACAUAAAGUUUGUAAAAUAUAUUGUCACAAAGUGAAUAAAAUCCUUUAAUGACCACCAUGUGUUUUAUAUUUGUGAAUAUAACAGGGUGACGAAGCUUGAUCAAUUGUGCAUGCGUUUCUAAAACACACAAAUUCCAGGUGCACAUAUCACAAUGGAGUCACAUCGCCAAUCAAUCAUCUCAUCAAUGACAUAUUUUAUGGAUAUAAAGACACCUGGUUUGAAGAGAACUACACAGACUGGUAGCAAGAACCUUUUAACUACCUUUU